AUUUCAGUUUGGUUGCCGUGGAGAUCGCGAUUAAAAAAGUUCGUUUUAAAUAAGUCGCUUGUAUUAGCAUUUUAAAAUAGCUGUUCUAGACUUCCAAUGGAUGCCAGUGUGGAGGAGAAUGCUCCUAGCCAAAGGGAUGCCGAGUGCAAAAUGGCUAAAACGGAGGAGUCCGAAAAGCCAUCAAAUAGUAUUGGAUUGCUCCCGGUUAUGAUAUUUCUGGCUGCCACAGUGACCACGGCGGUGGUGGUGGAACUCUUGCCGCAUGCCAGCAAGGUUUUCCCCUGGAACUCCGCAGAUUCUCUAGAGGAUCAGCGGCAGCCACCGCCCACAUAUGCGAUCUUCGGACGGAGUCCCACGGAGGAGCACCUGGUGCAUGUAAUCAAUGUGCUGCACCAGUUUGGCUACCAACGAGUGGGCGUCAACGAGAGCUGGAACCUGCUGUGGGCCCACGACUAUCCCUUUCUCUCGUUCGCCAACCUCAAGAAUCUCGGCCAGCAUCAGAUGGUGAAUCACCUGCCGGGCUGCGGUUACCUAACCAACAAGGUGGACCUCUGCACCACUCCGCUGCCCUUCCUGCCGCGUGCCUUUCGAUUGCCAGCCGAGCGGCAGGAGUUCCUGGACUAUGCCAGGAGUAAUCCCCAGGCUCUUUUCGUCCAGAAGCACAAUGAACACCGGCACAUCAAGGUGCGAGCUCCCGCUGACAUAGCUUUUGGCUCCAACGACUCAUUUGUCCAGGAGUUCGUGCAAAGACCCUUCCUGGUGGAUGGCCACAAGUUCGACAUCGGAGUCUAUGUGGUCAUCACCUCGGUCAAUCCCCUGCGAGUCUACAUCUACACGGGUGACGUGCUGUUCCGGUACUGCCCCGUGAAGUACCAUCCCUUCGAUGCCGAGAAUGUGGACAAGUACAUUGUGGGCGAUGACUACUUGCCCACCUGGGAGGUUCCCUCGCUGCGCAAGUAUUACAAUCGCUUUGGCGGCAGCAUGCGCACCGUUUUCGAGGCCUAUGUCCGGGAUCAGGGCAUGGAUCCCGCCAAGAUUUGGCCCCAGGUGGAGCACAUAAUCCGCACAACGAUUGCGGCCAAGGAGAAGGACAUCGUGAAUAUACUUAGCUCUUACAAGACUCACAACUUUUUCGAUCUAAUGCGAUUUGAUCUGUUCAUCGACGAGGAUCUGAAGGUCUUCCUCAUGGAGGCCAACAUGUCUCCAAAUCUCUCCUCUGCUCAUUUCAAGCCGAACUCGCUUUUGUACGAGCAGGUUCUCUACAGUGUUUUUAAUCUGGUCGGAAUUAGGCCACUCACUGCAACAAGUGGUUCAUUGCUUGCUGAAAGCAGCGAAAUGAUCACAGCCGAUAAAAACCUGGCCACUGACUUGAACAAAUGCGCUGCCCACGACUGCGACAAGUCCUGCAACAAGGAGGAGUGCGAUCUCUGCCUGCAUUGCCUCAGUGGAUCGCAGUACAGGAUGCUGCAGCAAGCUCAUCAGGAGCACCUGCAUCGCGUGGACAUGAAGCGCAUUUUCCCUCAGCCAAUUCGGGAUUUAAAGAGCUUCAAUCUCAAUGAGGAAAUUGCUAAUAUGUCAAAGAAAAACGCUUGGAUGACCCGCUGGUUCUACAACAAAUGCCAAUUCGAUGCUGUCUGGUGCAAUUAGAUAAUUUUAAUUGAAUAUUUAUGUAAAUAGUUCUUGCGACUUGGUAACCUCUUAUGCUCAGCAUUAGUAAAUUGGCCACCGAUUGUACUUAGUUUUAAGCUGAUAAAAUAGAAUGUUGUUAGUCAAGCAGUCAUUAGUAUUCAGUGCAAAUUGUGAACUAUUUUUAGCACCUUUAACCGGAGCUUGUUCUGCUCUUGGGUGCUUUAAUUGACAACGAAAACAUGUACAAAUUAUGCAAGCCGUCUUUAAUUCGAAUCCUUACCUGUAAAAUAACUUAAGCUAAAAAGGCUAUAUUUAAAUUACAUAGAUCUACAUUUAUAGAUUUCGGUAAUAAAAUUUACAUAAAUUUAUAUACCUAUCAAAA